AAUUCGGUGGGUGUCUAUCGUUGGGGGUGCUGUUGCUUCGUGGAAACAACAAGAGCCAGCGUUUAGUCAUGAAGGCUUUUGCUUUUCUCUGUUGCGCUUUAGCUCUCUUUCAUAUUGGAGAAUCUGCAUGUGGCGGUGGCUCUGUGAGACUUGUAGGUGGCACUCAGGGACGUGAAGGAAGAGUGGAGUACUGCAGGAACAACCAGUGGGGAACUGUCUGUGAUGACUACUGGGGCAACAAUGAUGCCAAAGUUGUCUGUCGUAUGAUUGGAUAUUCAACUGAUGGUGCUGUUGGUUUUAGAAAUGCUUAUUUUGGUCAGGGAAGUGGAAGGAUAUGGCUGGACAAUGUUCAGUGUGUAGGAACAGAGACUAGCAUCAGUAACUGCCCCAAGAAUGCCUAUGGUGUCCAUAAUUGUGGCCAUAAUGAAGAUGCUGGGCUCAGAUGUCCACCUUGCGUUGAGGGCAGCAUGUAUCUAGUUAGAACUGGAAACAGUCGACAGGGUGUCGUCUUCCUAUGCCAUUCAGGCUCUUAUGGAACAAUCUGCCAUAAUAAUUGGGACCAAGCUGAGGCCCAGGUUGUCUGUAGACAGUUAGGAUACCCCACGGCAGCUGCUCAGAAUCAGUCUGUUGCAACUUCUGGCUAUUUCCCAGCUUUUGGUCCUAUUUGGGGCAACAAUCUUGCUUGUACUGGGACAGAGUCAAGACUGGCUAACUGCAGUGGGAAUUUGUUCACUAACAAUCCAGGCUGCAAUCACAACAGUGAUGCUGUUGUCAUCUGUCCACCUUGUACUCAGUGGGACAUGCAGCUAUACAGUGCUUAUGAUAACAUUCCGCCAUCAGAGGGUCUCCUUCAAGUGUGUAAUGCUCAAGGUCAAUGGCGUACAAUAUGCAAUCAUGGCUUCUGGUGUAACGAUGCUAAAGUGGCUUGCAGACAACUUGGCUACAACUCUUCAAUAAAUAUCAACAUAUUUUACAAUGCUGAUACGAUUUAUGGGUUUUUCAAGUUCAAUCGUGUGUAUCAAUAUGCCUGCACUGGAUCAGAGACCUCCUUCAACCAGUGUCCACAAACAUACGAUGCAUCAUGCAACAAUCCUCAACAUAAGUCUGUAGGGCUCCGCUGUGCAGCUGCACCCACUCAUGGCUGUGUCAAUGGGACUGCUCGUCUUCAAGGAGGCAGCGAUGCUUCUGAAGGACGGCUUGAGUAUUGCUAUGAGGGACAAUGGUCGUCAUUUUGUUGGCUUGCAGAUGAAACCGCAUCCGUUGCUUGCAAGCAGUUUGGAUACACUCAAUACAAUUAUGCUUCAUUAUUCAGUGAUGAGAGAUAUGGUGUAGGCUCUAUUGCUAGUGACUUUAAGCUCCUUGUAUGCUCCACCAGUGGAAGCGAGAGCUCACUCACUCAAUGCCAAAUACAACAUAGUAUUGCCUGUACUCCUGCUACCUGCCCUACUGAAUGGGGAAUGAAGUGCUUCAAUCCUGGUAUGUGUAAUGAAGGUACUGUCAGACUGGUAGAUGGUAGUAUAGAGCAGGAGGGACGUGUUGAGGUCUGCUAUAAUGGAGUGUGGGGCACUCUCUGUGACAGCAACUGGGGACAAAUAGACGCAUACAUUGUCUGCAGGCAGUUAGGAUACAAUGGUGCAGUAGCUCCCACUGCUCGAUCUAAUUCUUUUUAUGGUGAUGGGAUAUACCCAAUCGUGUGGGGAGUAGUACAGUGUAAAGGAUGGGAAGCAGGUCUGGGAGACUGCACUAGGAGAGACUAUUUGAACUUCUACUGUCUCAGGUCUGACAUUGCUGGAGUAUUGUGUGCUGAAGAUUGCCAGGAUGGUGAAGUAAGGUUAGUUGGUGGUGAUGGAGAUGGAGAUGAGGGAACAGUUGAGGUCUGUUAUGCUAACCUCUGGGGUAUCAUCAGUCAGGUUGGAUGGGACAAUAAUGAUGCUAAAGUUGUCUGCAGAUCACUAGGAUUUGACCCAACAAAUGCUAUAGCUCGUUAUGAUAAUUAUUAUGGCCGACCCAAUAAAACCGUGCAUCUCCUCAAUGUUGGUUGCGAUGGUACUGAGGACUCCAUCAGUGAAUGCUCAAAGACAGCUGUUACUCUUAAUGCUGGUAAAACACUCUACGCCAAUGCUUCUGCAGCUGGCCUUGACUGCCAACCAGAGCCUCCUACUCAACCAGCUUGUGUCACUGCAUCACCAGACUUUUCAGCUACUAAUUGUAUCAAUGGUCAGGUUCAUACAGUAGGAGGAGUCAAUGGAGUAGGUAGAUUGGAAUAUUGCUAUCUUGGACUCUGGUCUCCAUUCUGUUCCCUUGAUGAAACAACUGCUGCUGUAGCAUGCAAGAACCUCAACUACAAUGCAUAUACUUAUGCUAGUAUUGUCACUACUGGUGAAUUUGGUACCAGCAGCAACAUCAGUCUUUUCCAGAACAUUACAUGUUCUUCAAUUGUUGGAACUUCAACUCUAGCUUCUUGUAUUGUGAAUGCAGCUACUGGUAGCUGCUAUCCUUACUGUCCAGGGGCUAAUAUUGGGAUUAGAUGCUUUAAUACUACUGGUUGUACUGAUGGGGCUAUUCGUUUGGUUGAUGGCAUCAUUGAGAAUGAAGGACGUGUUGAAGUCUGUCGUGAUGGAGUGUGGGGCACUAUUUGUGAUGAUGGAUGGGAUACAACUGAUGCUCACGUAGUCUGUCAGCAGUUAGGACACCCUGAACUAGAACCAAUUGCAUUCUUUGGUUCUCAUUUUGGCGAUGGUAUUUACCCCAUCAUAUACUCCAACAUGGGCUGUGUUGGUCCUGAGAGCUCUAUUGUUGAUUGCACUAAGACUGAAUACUCCGGCUUUAGCUGUCCUAGAAAUAGAGUUGCAGGAGCACUCUGUGGAUAUGACUGUCAGAAUGGAGAUGUUCGAUUGGUCGGAGGCUCCAAGAACACUGAAGGAACAGUUGAGGUUUGCUUUGACAACAUCUGGGGCCAGGUAGCCGACUCAGGCUGGGGUGACAAAGACGCUGAGCUAAUCUGUAAGCUGCUAGGAUUCUCAACUGAUGGUGCUGCUAGUAGUAUAGGGUCUAAGUAUGGUAAGAAUAACAGGACUAUCAUGCUCAGUGAUGUAUAUUGUACUGGAGAUGAGACUGCACUUGAUCAGUGUGCCUAUACAUUCUACUCACUAAGUGAAGGGAAGACACUACUACCUCAAGUACAAGUGGCUGGUGUUUCUUGUCUUCCAUCAAACUGUAUACCACCUUCUGAUGUACCAGGAUCAGAGUGCACAUUUAAUACCGUACAAACGACUGGUGGUAGCUCAAAUGGAGUCGGUAAUCUAAGAUUCUGUUAUAAUGGAAACUGGUCUCCUGUUUGUCAGCUUGAUCCAUCCGAGGCAACUGUAGCAUGUCGUCAGUUGGGGUUCACCAAUUAUGAUUGGGCUGCAAUUAUUGAUGAUGGUAGAUAUGGAUUGACUCCUAACACAAGCAGUUUCCAAUACAUCAACUGCACUGGAGCAGUCAAUCCAACCUCAUUCAGUUUUUGCACUGUUGAGAGCACAUGUACAACAACUUGUGCUUAUCCUCUUGGAAUAAUAUGCCAGGAUCCACCUUCUACCCCUUGCACUAGUGGAGCUGUACAGCUUACCAACGGCCUCAUACAGCAGGAAGGACGUGUUGAAUAUUGUCUCAAUGGAGUGUGGGGCAGCAUAUGUGAUGUGGGAUUUGAUAAAUCAUCCGCUCUUGUCGUCUGCAAGCAGCUAGGAUAUGGCAUUGGAGAGCCAUACAUAUACACUGGCUCAAUGUUUGGAGAUGGCAAUGGCCCUAUUGUAUAUUCUGAUGUGAUGUGUGGUGGAUGGGAGGCCAGCAUUGAUAGCUGCAGUAAGAGCCAGUAUCCAUGGUCCAGCUGCUCUCGUAGAAACGUCGUAGGAAUUGCCUGUAGAGAUGGUUGUACUAAUGGAAUGGUUCAGUUGUAUGGCGGUACUGACACAGCUGGAACUGUCCUUGUAUGUCAGGACGGGUUCUGGUCAAUGAUUGGUGAUUCUGGCUGGGACAAUUCCGAAGCAGCUGUUGUCUGUUCUCAACUCGGCUUUGAUAGAUUAAAUGCCGUUGCUAAUUCAAAUGCUCAGAAAGCCAGCCGGCCUAUACUAACCACUGACUAUAAUUGUGGUGGAGCUGAGCUCUCAAUUGGAAACUGUUCCUCAACUUCGUACAACUACACUGUAGGACGAUCAAUUCAAAGUGUUGCAACAGUUGCAGGUGUCACCUGCACUCCAUUCCCACCAACCAGCCCUCCAACUAUAUGCUCAGUCACUCCUUCUCAAACUGGAGUUACCUGUUCUACUGGAGAUGUUAAAUUCCUUGGAUCAUCUACUGAUAGAGGAGUCCUAAUGUACUGUUAUAACAGCACGUGGUCUCCUUUCUGUAUGCUUGACUCAAAGGUGGCCCAAGUAGCUUGUAGACAGAUGGGAUUCACUCAAUAUAGCUAUGGUAGGAUAUUCACUAAUGGAGAGCUUGGUAACAGCGGAUACAACUACAGUACAUUCACUAGCUCAUCUUGCACUGGCUCUGAGUCUUCAUUGAUUCAAUGUAACUUCACCAGUGGAGGCUGUGUGCCUACUUGUGCAAGCAACAUUGGACUAAGAUGCUUCAGUGUUGGCAGUGGUGGUACAACAUGCCAGCAAGGUGAUAUUAGGCUAGUUAGAGGUGCCAUACAGCAAAUGGGAGCAGUCCAGAUGUGUGUUAAUGGCUUGUGGGGAGAGAUUUGUCCUGAUGGUUGGGAUGGACCCGAUGCACUCACUGCGUGCAAGCAAUUAGGAUAUGCUAAUGCUGCAAGUACUGCAUUUGUUGACUCUGCCUUUGGAAUUGGUGAUGUACCGAUUGUGUAUUCAAACUUUGGCUGUCAAGGAUUUGAAACAAGUCUUUCUGCCUGCAGUAAAGACAGCUAUCCAAGCUUCACUUGCAACAAUGGAAACACAGCUGGAAUACUAUGUGCUGAUGGCUGUACUGAUGGAGACUUGCGUCUAGUCAAUGGUACUACAGGAAGAGAUGGAACGGUUGAGGUCUGCUAUGAUAACCUGUGGGGUCUCAUUGGACAGACUGGGUGGGGUGUUAAUGACGCAGCAGUUGUCUGCAGACAAGUCAACUUAAUGACUGAUAAUCCAACUCCAAUAAUGAAUGCAUACAAUCCAAUGAAGACCAUUCACUUGAACAGUGUCUAUUGUACUGGUAGUGAAACCUCUAUCUCUCAAUGCAGAGCCUAUAAACUACCAAUAAACAGUCCCAGCAGUACUAACCAGCCUGUAGUUGGUGUACACUGUCCACUGCCCAAUAUAACUACCUCUACGGUUCAAAUGUCUUCAAGUGCUGGAGCAACAGGCCUGGGUGCUACAGCUACUGCUAGUGCAAUAUCAUCUGAAAAUGCACUUUAUGUGCUGACCGGUAUUUUUGGAGUUUUGAUUGUAAUUGGAAUUCUCUCUGUUGUACUAUUGUUUGGUGUCCUUUAUCAUGCUUAUCAAAAGGGCAGACAGUCCGAAGACAUACUCAAGACCACCAGUGCUAAUGCAGACCUAUCCGACAUGCCAUUAUAUUCUGUAGUCAAUAAGAACAGAGACUCCAUGGUCUCUUAUUCAGCUUCUGCUGGAGGAAUGGUUGACUUUCCAGGAGAGAAGGACCAAUAACUUAUUUGCCAAUAACACAUUAUAGUUUACUUACAUAUACAUACAUACACCCAACAUAAUGAUAUGCAUAUAACUCACUGCUGUUUGCAAUGUGCAGAAGCUGUUCACAAAAUGCUGCAGUUUUUAUUGUAAUAAUAAAAAACAAUACAAACUAUAAAA